GGGGAGAGGGAGCCAGGGGCACGCUCUGAAACCAGACCCCCGUCCCCGGGCUGAAACGCAGCUCCUUCCUCUGCUUUAGGGAAACGGAUCCCUCCUGCCAUUUCCUUUCAAAGGUGACUUGUAACCUCUUCAUUAGGGUCGGCUUUGGCAGAAAACUCAUGGUGCAGCUGGCCGGGCCAGCCCGCCGGCGCUGCGGCUCGCGGGGGGAGCACGCUCGCCUUUCCGAGGGUGGAAAAUAAACACGGGCCGCUCGCAGCGGCCGCAGCUCCGCGGGGACACCGGUGCCCUGGCCGUGCUCUGAUGGGGACCAUGGACUUUAAGGCAGAUCCCAGCGCAGUAACCAUCAAUUUGCUGCUUAUUGUCCACCCCGAGGAGACGGCCAGCAAGCAGAAAGGGCAGAGGGAGAGGCAGACGGAAGGCGGCCGCGGCGCAGGUUUGCAGGAUGACGGAAAUGGCAACAGCAGAGCACAGCCACCCCAGCAGAGAGACCUUAACGGCCGGCGAGUCUCCAGGGAGCCCUGCGAGAAGACAAAAACCGUGACUCCUUACUCAAACGAAGAAACCCAAGUGACAGUGGAGAUUCACCCCAAGAACACCACCGGGCAACUCAUCAAGAAGCUCUCCUUGGGAAAAGGUCCCCAGAGGCUGCCCAGCCUGAGAGGUCAGGACAACAAAGGUUUCCAGAGUACUGAAGCCCCUCGGUCACCAGGAGGAAAAGACCUGCAUGCCUAUCCAUGGGACAAAUCCUCUUUGAAAUCCAUGCCAGUCGAUCUGCGGCAAUUUGAGAAGCUGGAUGCCUACGCAUUAAAAGUAAAUGUCACAAACAGCGUGGAGGAGCUCGUUAAAGCCCUGCUUAAACAAGCCCGGACUGAUCUGGAGAAAGUCCGAGCCAUAUGGAUGUGGAUAUGCCAUCACAUAGAAUACGACGUGGUGGGCUACCGCGACAAAAGCCAGCUGUCGAGCAAACCCAUCGACGUGCUUCAGACCAGGAAGAGCGUUUGUGAGGGAUACGCGGAGCUCUUUGAACACAUGUGCAGCAUUGCAGGAAUCCAGUGCAUGAAGCUCUCGGGCUACUCGAAGGGGUUUGGGUACAAGAUAGGGCAGACCUUCACGGGGGACUCCGACCAUGCCUGGAACGCCGUCUACCUUGAGGGAAGGUGGCAUUUGCUCGAUAGCACCUGGGGAAGUGGUUCUGUUGAUGAUUCUCUCACCAAGUUCACCUUCAGGUACAAUGAGUUUUAUUUUCUGACUCACCCGGCUCUGUUCAUUAACAAUCACUUCCCAGAUAACAGCAACUGGCAGCUCCUUAAACCAACCCUGACGCUGAAAGAUUUUGAGAACAACAUGCUGCACAAGAGUAAUUUUUACAUGUUGGGGCUGCUGAGCGCACAGCCGGAGACAGCUGUCAUCCCAACAGUAAACGGAAAAGCCUCUGUAUCAGUGGAUUGCCGCGCUGCCACGCUAUUUAUGUUUAAGCUGAAGGGAACAGAUGAGCAUGGCUUAAUGACUUUGAAAAAACAUGGGAUGAAGCUGGACAUCUACCCCCAGAAGACAGGGAGCCACAAGCUGCAGAUCUUUGCCAAGCCCUCCAAAGGCUCCGAAGCCAUCUACAAAUGCGUGUUGGAGUAUGUCGUAGAGUGCAAGUCCGUGGACAAGGCCAUGCGCUUCCCAAAGGACCUGCACCAGCCGGUUGGACCCAGCUGGUUCACAGAGCGCCAAGGGUUCCUGAGGCCGUCACACCCCGACCCCGUCAUCCACACCAACGAUGGGCGCUGCUCUGUCACCUUCACCCUGGGCAAGGACAUCAGCGUCCUGGCCUCGCUGCACUGCGACAAUGGCAGCCUGACGGAGGACGGGGGCAGGCGGCACAUCAUGCAAAUCCACCGCGGGAACCAGAUCGAGUUGAAGAUCCAUCUCCCCCACGCUGGGAACUUUGUCCUGAAAAUCUACGCCAAGAAGAAGUCAGAUCCUGGCAAUUACGACUACAUCUUCAACUACCUCAUCACUUGCCUGAACACUGAAGCGAAGUGGCCGGCUUUCCCGCAGAGCUACAGCAAGUGGGCGGCAGACUAUGAGAUCCUGGAGCCGCUCUCGGGCUUGCUGCCGGCGAACCGCAACGUGCAGUUUAAACUCAAAAUGCACGGGAUCGCAAAGGUGCUAGUUCAGGCUGAGAACACUUACCCGCUCACCCAGAGCCGGGGCUACUGGGAGGGAACCUGCAACACGUCGGGGUGCAGGGAGGUGUAUGUGAUGGUGCACGAGAACGCCAACCACAGCUUUUACUCACACGUCCUGAAAUACGAAGUGGAGGCUCAGUAACAGCCCCCUCCUUGUUCUUUCACUCACCUGCAUGAACCAACCUUUCCGACGUGCCCAAAACCAACGCAGCUUUAGAAGAUCGCUCAUUCUCUUGAUCAAAUCUGUUCUUUCAAGGAAUGCAGAAAAACACUUGCAGGCUUUUGCAAGACCACGGGCUCAGAGAAGUUCAAAGCAGCAGAAAAUCCUGUUCAGAAGGGAGCAGCAGUGGAAGAAAUCAAAUAAAACCCUCACCAUGUGUCAGUAAUACUGUCCAGACAAACAUCGAGAAGAAAACAACUGAAUGUCUGGCCACAGGUCAUUCUGUGCCAGCAGCAAUUGCUGGUUUCCAAGCUUUGGACCAUAAGAAAAGUCUUACAAUGGCUACUCCAAGAAGAAUUCACCCACACCCUGGUUUUGAGCAGCAAUACUGGACACGAGGAACUUCAGGAUAUUUAAACCGAGCUUCUGUAUAUCUUUAGUCAAGUCGCAAACUACAUCCCAGGAGAGAGAAGUGUUAGAAAGAUGAUACAACGUGAAGUUUUCUUGUGCACUUCAUUGUCUUACAAAUCUCAGUGAUACUGCGAAGUGACUUUUUACACUGACUCUUAAAUAUAAUAACCAAAAUAAUUUUUACCUUUUUAUAUUAGAGUAUUUGAAUUAUAAACACUUCUUUUCUGCAAUAUUAAGACUGUAAUUGUAUCUCAAGCAUAUAGGUGUUUCCAUAAACAAAACCACAGUUAAACAGAGAAUAAAAUUCUUGAAAAACCUACUCCUUACUCCAACUUAUCUAUGCAAUACUGCAACUAAAGAACUUAAGGGGUUAUGUGGAAUGGCAGAGUGACAUUACUAUCAUGUAAAAACGAUUUGGUGCUGUACUCUAGGAAAACCCCUAUAUGCUCAAGGCAGAGGUGGUCUUCUAGUGAACCUCACCACAAAUACCUUCAUGAGAUCAAGCAACAUUUUCAUAAAUGAUCCAGAUGUCCAUAAGUGUUAGCGUGACCCGAGAUAUUAUGUUUGAGCUUGAAUUGAAAAUAAACCUGUUAUGUUUUUGCAUCCUG